CCCUCGUCUCGCCCUCGCCCUGGCGCAACCCUUCCAGGACGAAUCUCUCUCCCCCAACAGCCCAUCGACGAGCACCCGCACUCGCUCUGUGUCGGCACCAACUCAUGGCCUCCAACACCAGAAGAAAGUCACGAUCAGCGACGGCCGCCACACCGAAUCCUCGCACCGAUGACGAGCACCAUGAUCUCAAGCGACAGAGGUCUAGGGACGCUCUCCCCGAGACCCAGCGCAAGUCCAGGAGAUCGACCCUGGGCGAAAGCGCCCCCAACAUCCGCUGGGACCAGGAGCCUGUCAUAUCGAUUAGCACUACCUCUGACAUUCAUCCCAAACGGCUGCAGUUCAGCCAUGCAGCCGUUCAAACAGCCGGCCUAACACCGACCCGCACUCCCCGGCGUGCUGCUGUCACCCCUGUUGCUGCAACCGAACGCACUCCUGGAAUUUUGAAGUCGGCCAAGGCCGCAAAGAAGCCGAGCCAGGAGGGCAAACGCCCUGCACCUUCGUCAGCAAAGUCGCAGAAGCGGGUUUCUAUUCAUGUAUCGCCCAAAGCUCGAGAAGAUGAGGACAGCGUCAGCGACAGCGAUCAGAGCAAUGAGGAUAGAGAAAACGACGAGACCGGGAACCUGGAGGUUUCGCUCAGCGAUGGCGUGGAUGGCCAGCACGAUAGCCGUGAUGAGAGCACUGCAGAUAGCGACGAAGAGCUCUAUGUGACUCGCCCCAGCACCGCUGCCUCUCUGCGCCAUGUGCCUGCUCGCUCCGCAAAGGAGGAAUCAUCUCUGUACAUCAACGAGACCCACAGACCGCAAAGCCAUUCAGCCCCCUCGGACCGAAGGCUCGGUGGAUCCGCUGUCAACGGUGAUUUCCAUGGCAGCUCGUUGGAUGGCGACUCGUCCACUCGGGUGUUGAGUGAUCUCCGUUCACAAUGGGAGAGCGACGACCUGCAGCGCCUCCGGACGGAUCUGAAACGGCUCAAGAUCCGAUUUGAUGAUCUCAACUCCAAAAUGCAAACAAUGCAAGAGCAGCACCAACUCAAGAACGCCGAGCUUAUCCACGGCGCCGAGACCCGUUUUGCCGAGUACCAAGCAGCUGUCCAAGACGAGAAGCAAGCCAACGAUAGCUUGAUAUCACACCUGCAAGGCAAAAUGAUCCAAAUGACUGAACUCUAUGAGAAAGAGGCAUCCCUGCGCCGACGGCUUCAAAAGCACAUUCACGAAUCUGGUGGCGAUCUGAGUUCGCUCCUGACGGUCUCUGAACAAGAGCUCGUAGCACAGGCGACCACAUCCUCGGAGGCAACGCAUGACCAGCAUGCCAGCGCAAGUGCCCACGUACCCGAUGCCGAUAUUGCAGCAUCAACCGAGAGGGCAGAACAUCUUCAGCAGGCGCUGGAAGCUCUUCAAACAGAGAAUACUCAUCUCAAGGAGCUCAUCAACGAGCAACAGAUAGAAAUUGCGGUGCUGAAGCAAUCGGCUGAUGCCAAAAACGAAGAAACGAAAGCAAUCAAGAACUUGCAGGCUCUGGCAGCCGUUGAAGCCGAAUCGCUUAAGACGCAGCUCGAGCAGAAGGACCGCGAGGUUGCAGCAAUCCGUGAUGAAAAGGACGCUGUCGAGCGACAGAAACAGGCCAAGAUUGAUGAAAUCAUCAGCACCCUCAACCGCGAGCGCACAGAGGUCCAGGAACGAUAUGGCCAGGAAUUAAACCAGCUCAGACAACAGGUGUCGGAUCUCACCCGCGAAGCCUCCAUGAAUGCGAUCGAAAACGCCAGCUGGAAGUCGAAAGCCGAGUUCUCGAGCAAGGAGCUUGAAGAGGCCAGGCUCCGAAUCACCAAUCUGCAGAGCGCCUUGUAUGCAGAGACCGAGAAGCAAAAGAAACUCGGAAGCGAGUUGAAAUCCAUCUCUAACCUCACCAAGAUGGCGGAGAUCUACGAAGAGCUGAGUGGCGUCGUGAUCCAGUCAAUCCGCCAGGAACAGGUCGAAGUUCAGAUUGAGAACGAAGAUGCCCAGCGCGAAUGCGAAGUUGGGCCCGACGGCAAGCUCGUCGAUUCCCAGGUUAUCACAGACUUUGAAAUCGUCAAUACGGUGUCAUGCCUGCUCCGAGGCGCGAAGGGUGCCCUCCAGUUCUCUCUCCAGAUUCCUCUGGAGUCGGCGCCCAUGGACAAAUCACCAAUCACCUAUGUGCCAGAGUCAUUCAAGAGCGCAAAAGGCGAAGUAUACAGAUCCGGUCAACUGGACCAAAAGUUCAUGCGGGAGCUGGAAUUUGGCCGCGACCAUCUAUCGACCUUUUUCAUGACCGUCGCAAAGGUUGUGCACGCCAUCGACGAUGCCUAAAGGCAGCAUACGCAUCCCUCCCUAGCAUCAGUGCAGUCAAAUGCUCGCAACACAAAACGGUGUGCUUUGUUUUGAGAUCGGUUGCCACUUUUUUUUUUUUGCUGGGCUCUGAAUACAUACGACGACCAUCUACUACGCUCUCGA